CGGCCGCUCUGUCCGUUGUUCCCUGGCGCUGUCCUGCUGCCGCUGCUCGGUGCGACUCUGCGAAACUACUGCUCCCUGGCUACCUGAGAAAUCUAGUGAGAUCCAUGAGAGGCCGGUAGUGAUCUACAGAAAGGGAAAAAUCGAAGGAUGGCUUUCCCACAGCCAAAACCUGCGGAUGGAAAAAUCAUCAUCUACCCUCCUGGUGUUAAGGAAAUUACUGAUAAAAUAUCCAAUGAUGAAUUGGUCAAAAGGCUAAAGAUGGUGGUUAAAACAUUCAUGGAUAUGGACCAGGACUCUGAAGAUGAAAAACAGCAAUAUCUUCCGUUGGCCUUGCACUUGGCUUCAGAGUUCUUUCUCAGGAAUUCCAACAAAGAUGUACGUCUGCUUGUGGCAUGCUGUUUGGCUGAUAUCUUCAGAAUUUAUGCACCAGAAGCUCCUUACACAUCUCACGACAAACUAAAGGACAUUUUCAUGUUCAUUACCCGGCAACUUAAGGGGUUGGAGGAUACUAAAAGUCCACAGUUUAAUAGAUAUUUUUAUUUAUUAGAGAAUCUGGCAUGGGUAAAGUCCUAUAACAUCUGUUUUGAACUCGAAGAUUGUAAUGAAAUCUUUAUACAGCUCUUCAGGACCCUGUUCUCAGUGAUAAACAACAGCCACAAUCAGAAGGUUCAGAUGCAUAUGUUGGACUUGAUGAGUUCUAUCAUCAUGGAAGGAGAUGGAGUAACUCAGGACCUACUGGACUCCAUUCUUAUCAACCUUAUUCCUGCACACAAGAAUGUGAAUAAGCAAGCUUAUGAUUUAGCUAAAGUACUUCUGAAGAGAACUGCUCAAACAAUUGAACCAUGUAUUGCCAGUUUCUUUAACCAAGUGCUAGUUCUGGGAAAGUCUUCCGUCAGUGAUUUGUCUGAACAUGUUUUUGACCUCAUUAUGGAGCUUUUCGCAAUUGAUCCUCAUCUGCUGCUCUCAGUUAUGCCACAGCUCGAGUUUAAGCUGAAGAGCAAUGAUGGAGAAGAGCGACUGGCAGUAGUUCGACUCUUGGCAAAACUAUUUGGUGCAAAGGAUUCGGAGCUUGCAUUACAAAAUCGCCCCCUGUGGCAAUGUUUCCUGGGACGAUUUAAUGACAUUCAUGUUCCUGUGAGACUGGAAUGUGUGAAGUUUGCAAGUCAUUGUUUAAUGAAUCAUCCAGAUUUAGCCAAAGACCUUACAGAAUACUUGAAGGUUCGAUCACAUGAUCCAGAAGAGGCAAUUCGGCAUGAUGUCAUUGUUACAAUAAUUACAGCAGGAAAGAAAGAUUUAUCGCUAGUGAAUGACCAGCUGCUCGGGUUUGUGAGGGAGAGAACACUAGACAAAAGGUGGCGGGUACGGAAAGAAGCAAUGAUGGGCUUGGCUCAGCUAUACAAAAAGUAUUGCCUUCAUGCAGAGGCUGGAAAAGAGGCUGCUCAGAAAGUGAAUUGGAUCAAAGAUAAACUGCUGCAUAUCUAUUACCAGAAUAGCAUUGAUGACAAGUUGUUGGUGGAAAAAAUCUUUGCACAGUAUCUUGUUCCGUAUAAUCUGGAAACAGAAGAAAGAAUGAAAUGUCUGUAUUACCUUUAUGCUUCCUUGGACCCAAAUGCAGUGAAAGCAUUGAAUGAAAUGUGGAAGUGCCAAAACAUGCUACGGAGUCAUGUCCGGGAGUUAUUAGACCUGCAUAAACAAGCUGCAUCAGAGGCUAACAAUAAUGCAAUGUUUGCCAAACUGAUGGCUAUAGCAAAAAAUUUGCCUGACCCAGGAAAAGCACAGGAUUUCAUGAAAAAAUUUAAUCAGGUCCUGGGUGAUGAUGAGAGGCUACGAGGUCAGUUGGAGCUGUUGAUUAGCCCUGCCUGCUCUUGUAAACAAGCAGAAGUCUGUGUGAGAGAAAUUACACGUAAAUUAGCAAAUCCCAAGCAGCCAACUAAUCCCUUUCUGGAAAUGGUGAAGUUCUUACUAGAAAGGAUUGCACCAGUGCACAUUGAUUCAGAAGCCAUAAGCUCCUUAGUGAAGUUAAUGAACAAAUCCAUUGAAGGGACGGCGGAUGAUGAAGAAGAGGGUGUUUCACCCGAUUCUGCCAUCAGGGCAGGCUUGGAACUACUUAAGGUUUUAUCAUUCACACACCCUACCUCCUUCCACUCUUCAGAGACCUAUGAAUCGCUCUUGCAGUGUCUAAAAAUGGAAGAUGAUAAAGUUGCUGAAGCUGCUAUUCAAAUCUUCAGAAACACUGGGCACAAAAUUGAGACAGACCUUGUACAGAUACGCUCAACUCUCAUUCCCAUUUUGCAUCAGAAAGCAAAGAGAGGUACCCCUCGCCAAGCUAAGCAAGCUGUUCACUGUAUUCACGCUAUCUUCACAAACAAAGAAGUACAACUGGCACAGAUCUUUGAGCCACUAAGCAAAAGCCUAAAUGCUGACACCCCAGAACAACUGGUAACUCCACUUGUCUCAUUGGGACACAUUGCUAUGUUGGCACCAGAUCAGUUUGCCUCUCCAAUGAAGUCAGUAGUCGCAAAUUUUAUCGUAAAAGAUUUACUAAUGAAUGACAGGUUCCCUGGAGGAAAAAACGGUAAAUUAUGGACUCCAAAUGAAGAAGUCUCUCCAGAAGUACUAGCAAAGGUUCAGGCUAUUAAGCUUUUGGUACGGUGGUUAUUAGGAAUGAAGAAUAAUCAAUCCAAAUCUGCAAAUUCUACACUUCGGCUAUUAUCAGCCAUGCUGGUUAGUGAAGGUGACCUAACUGAACAGAAAAAGAUAAGUAAAUCUGAUAUGUCUCGAUUACGGUUGGCUGCAGGAUGUGCUAUACUAAAACUUGCACAAGAACCUUGCUAUCAUGAAAUUAUCACCCCAGAGCAGUUCCAGCUUUGUGCACUUGUUAUAAAUGAUGAGUGUUACCAGGUGAGACAAAUAUUUGCUCUGAAACUUCACAAAGCCCUCGGAAAAUUAAUGCUCCCAUUGGAAUAUAUGGCGGUGUUUGCACUCUGUGCCAAGGACCCUGUGAAAGAGCGAAGAGCACAUGCCAGACAGUGUCUCCUUAAAAAUAUAAGUAUACGAAGAGAAUAUAUUAAACAGAAUCCAAUCGCUCAUGAGAAACUUUUGUCACUAUUACCAGAAUACGUAGUUCCAUACACAGUUCAUUUGCUAGCUCAUGAUCCAGAUUUUACCAAGACACAGGAUAUUGAACAGCUGCGUGACAUUAAAGAGUGCCUGUGGUUCAUGUUGGAAGUUUUAAUGGCGAAAAAUGAAAAUAAUAGCCAUGCUUUUAUAAGGAAAAUGGUGGAGAACAUCAAACAAACUAAGGAUGCUCAAGCACCUGAUGAUGGCAAAAUGAAUGAGAAACUCUAUAUAGUGUGUGACGUAGCUCUUAAUGUCAUCACAAGCAAAAGUACUACACAUAAUCUGGACUCUCCAAAGGAUCCUGUACUGCCAACCAAGUUCUUCACCCCACCAGACAAAGAUUCCUGCAAUAAUAAGUGCUACUUGUCAGAUGAGGCAAAGACGCUGUUACUCACUGGAAAGCCCAAACCAGCUACAGUAUUGGGUACAGUAAACAAACCUUUGUCAGCUGCUGGUAGAAGACCACAUACGAGAACUCCAGGCUUGGAAACAGGAACCAAUAUAAGUGCAAACUCUGAACCUAAUUCGCCAGCUACAAACAGGGGAAGGGAGCAGAAUUCAGAAGUUCCGGAAACAGAAGUUAGUGAAAAUGAAGAAAAUCCAGUAAUAUUGCUUGCAGUGGUUCCAGCUAAAACAGAGAAGAAAGAUGAACCAGUUAGAAAUAAGGAGAUGUCCUCUGAACAGUCUUUACCACCACAGACCAGUACAGAUCGUGGAAAGAAAAGGACAGCGCCUGCAGCAGGUUCAGAGAACAUUCAGCAAAUACCAGAAGAGAAGAAAUCUGAAGAGACUGCAGUACCAGUUCCCCCCAAAGCUAGGCGUGGCCGUCCUCCCAAAGUUGCAUCUGAAAGUAAUGCUGCCAAGAAUACAGAUACAAACAAAACAUCAGGCAGAGGAAGGAAAAGAGUUGCAGCCAAUCAGGAAAGCCCUGCAGAACCAGAAACAACAAAUGUUAAAGUACCAAAACAACAAGAAACAAAUGUUAAGCGAGCACCAGCACAGAGACAAAUGGAUCUACAAAGAAUCCAGGUUUUGGACAGUGAUGGAUACUCAGUGAUGGAACUAGAGUCUACUCCUGAAAGUUCAGCUGAGGAACUGGAUUUGUUUAAAUCCUAUGAGAGCAGCCAGAAUGAGAUUGAUAACCCAAAAAUAGCAAAGGGAGGCUUCCUUAAGGUAAGAAGAAAGUCCAUGCCAAAGGGAAGGAGACAAAGGCUGUAGAAAAGAAGUAUUCCUUGCCACUGAGGGAAAUGUACCACAUAAAAGGAUUGAGAUACUAUACUAAAUCUUAAGUUAGUUUACACAAUUCCUCACCCUCAAAACAUCAGGACAACACUGCAUCAGAGUUUAGGUUAUAUAUUAAGAAGAUAUUAUUGAACUCCUUCAUUUAAAUUUUAACUGAAAAUAUAACUUUUGCAAUGUUGGAGGGACAGCAUUGUAAUUCCCUGGGGUUAUUUUUAUGUAGUAUUUUUAUAUGUUAAGAUCACUUAACAAUUAUUGACACUCAUAAAAAUAAUCACCAGAUUAAGAUUUUGUUACAAAUGUCUUAUGUAACCAUUUUAAUUAUGCUUUAGUAAUUUGCUGCAACAGUUUUACCUUCCAAAGUAAGUUAUUAUUACUGACUUGUGAAGUCAGCAAUGGUGCAUUAUAAAAGUCACUUGUUACUAUUAAUUUUUCAGAUGGAAACAUUUGUGUUAUUUAAAAUAGACCCAAUUUGAAUAUAAUUUGAUUUUGGUGAGAGUGAAAGAAUAAAGCUGUGGAUAAAAGAGCAGUUGAAUAUGUGCUUAUAAUAUUUGAAGCUACUGCCAUAAAUGUUGUAGUAAAGAUUUAAAAAGUGUAAUACUGAAGUCUGCCGUUAAGUUGGGGAUAUUUUUGACACUGUUCUCUAAAAUUUGCACUGAAUCCACAUUGUUUAUCCUUUUAAAAAUGAAUCUCAGUAAGGUUUCUGUAUCAGUAUACUGUCCAGAAUCUGUGUUUGUCAAAAAUGAUUUUUUUUCCCUGUAAUUCAUAUUGACAGUUUUUUUUUGUGAAUACAGACUGAAGUCUAGUGAAAGCAGUUGUUUUGGAAUUGCUGCCUUUUAAAUAAUUAUUCCCUCAAUGUAUCCUCAUUUGUGUUUUUCUGCUUGCCUUCCUCAACCAGGGAAAGCGGGGCUAAUCUGAACUUUGCAUUUUUCCACAGUUGCCAGUGUGCUGCUUUUGUUGGCCAACAUGCCAGCAUGCGUUCUAGGAUGGAAUUGGACUGCUAUUUUUUUCUGUGUAUCCCUCGCCUAGGUGGCUAAGCAUUCUAUAUAAUGAAGCUCUCCUGUCUGGCAGCUUGACUGAAAAUUGGUCAGGCGUAACCUUUACAGCAAGCCAAAUUCAAGUGUUCUUUAAGCAAGUGUUUUAAUUUGGGGUUUUAAGGGUCCCAGUGGGAGUUAAUUACUCUUAAAGGGUUUUCUUGAAUUUCACUUCAUGUUGAAUAGUGGAAAGAAUAAAAAAAAAUGAACAGCAUUUUAAAGCAUUUCCUCUAUCCUAACAUUAAUUUUUAAAACUUGCUUUUAGUACUUUUAAUUUAUGAAAUUUUAUCAAGAGGCCUUUUAUGUUUUACUUUCUUAUAAAACUAUAUUGCUCUGGAAGGUAAAGGAAACUUUUUGAGUUUCAGAUUUUUAUAUCAGAUCUUGAAGAGAAUGAGGUACUUUUGAAAGACCAGUUUUAUGAUGAGAUGUUCAAGUUACCAGGCUCUGUAACCAAUGAUGUAAAAAAAAUGAAGUGUUCUAGAAAAAAAAUUGGAUUUUGGCAGCUUGUGAAGUCAGUUCAACAAUUCAAAUUGUUAAUACAUUUUAAGUGAGUGUUUUAUUGAUAUGUUGAAUUUUUUAAAACUAUUUUUCACUAGUUUGUCUCCCAGUUCACACUCAUCUGUUUAUUUUGGUGAAAUUCUUUGCGGUUGCAUCAAUGUUAUGAUUCCAGACAUUGUUCAUUGUAGUUAAUGUGUACAUUUUGAUGUACACAUGAUCAUAUUUAAUUUUUUGUUGCAUAAAGAAAUAAAUGCUUCUUAGGUGUCUCCUGGUUUCUGUUUCUCUCUCUCAAAACCUGUACUCCUGAGUAACCAAACCAGGGCGGAUUAACAGUGAGAGAUGGAUAUUUGAAGUAAUUUCAACUAUAUUGAAAUUUUUAAUUGUCUGGAGUCAGGAGCAGGGAAGGAGAAACUGUCCAGGGAGGAUGAGACUUAAACUACUGGGAAACUUAAUCCAUCUCUGCCAUACAGCAUGAACUGAAACCCUCUUACUCUUUCCUCCAGCUAGCUCACCCCACUGAGAUUAACUGGGAAUUUCUUCCUAAAUUAUUGGACUGAGGUAUGAUCAUUGUUUAAACAACAAUUGCUCAAAAAGACUAGCGAGCUAUACUACACCAGGUCUAUCAGAAGAAAUUGAACAGGCACAAGCCAUACACGUAUGUGUGAUUCAUUGGUUUCAUUGCUGAAUUAUAUUAAUGCUACCUAAAAAGCUUGUGGUUACACAAGUUGAAAUUUAACCCAAUUUUACUUUUUUAUACCAUGGGGAUGGUUGUCAUUUCAUUUAAUGAGUAGUGCUAACAACAGCUCUAAAUUUAAUCCUGUAGCUGAAAAAACAUUGUAUUUGAUUCCUGUAGUUUUUGAUUUUUUUUCUUCCAUCGCUUGGGGGGAAAAAAAGUAAUUCUGUUUUAUAAUGGUCAGCAAGUAAUGCAGGUGCUUUAAACACCAUCUUUGGUAUUUGAAGUUAAGUCCAUUUUCACCAUGACAAAACAGGUUGUAUUUCUGCUCUUUAUCAGAAAAUCCAGUAAUUGAUUUUCCACCAGUGAAUAGUGUCUUACCAGACCGUCAAGUAGCGCAACUUCAGUGAUAUUUAUGGCAUCUGAUUCCACAAUUUAAACAGAGAAGGCCUUACUUCAAACUCUCCAAAAGGGUUUAAUGCAGUAGUCUUGUUUGCUAGAUGAACUGCCUGUCCUAUAACAUUUGCUGCAGGUCAGCAUUCAAUAAUUAAGUUCGAGUAAGGAAACAAAACAUCCUGAGCUUUAGCAAUCUGUGACUGCAGUGUUAUUUGGGUCUUCCAUAUCAUCAGGCAAGGAGCUUCACAAACUCUUUUAUUUAGCUAGAAAAUACAUAGAAGCUCAUUGGAGACACCCUUGUGGUGUUUAACUUAAUUUUAGGUCUACAGUAGUUUCAAAAUAAUCAAGAAUGUCACUGAUUUUAAAAUUGCCUAAGUAUUUCGCCUCUAUGAAUUUGUGUUUAUAUGGGGGGGCGGGGGAGAAUAUAAAUAUGUAUACACCAUUUUUGGAUCUGCAGAGAUGUUGCCAGUAUUUUUUCUUUAAAUGGGGAUUUUGGAGAUUCUGCUGUUUCCUUAAGAGAGAAAAAUAUGAAAUGUGUCCAAAGCUGUCAGCAAAGUGGGGGUAUAUGACGCUUGGGAGAUAAAUUAAAGAUGCAGGUGUACUUCACCUCCAGCAAGGGUGUAUUGGAUGAAUCUCACCAGUACUUCAGAUUAUCAUCGCUGAUCCCAGAAACAUCUCUACAGAUAUAAUGUGUGCUUGGGGAAAUGUGAUUUGUUCAGGAAAAUCUGUUGUUCAGGAAAUUUUUUUUCAAAUAGUGCUGGAAAUACUCAGCAGGCUCGGCAGCAUUGGUGGAAAGAGAAACAUUCAAUGUUUCAAUCCACCUGUUGGUAUUUCAUGUUUCCAGCAGCUGCAGUUUUUGAUAUUUUAGUUUAAUUUUGGUUUUAGUACAGUCGGUCAUACAAGCAACACGUGCCAGGGUAUCUCUUACAAAUGCGUUUUGAAUAAAUUACUCUAGAACCCAUACCAUUUAUACAACAGCAGUGAAUUAGUUUUCAAACAAGUGGUAUGCUGGCACAGGUUCACCACAAAAUGUAUAAGAAAGAAGAAAAAUCAAAUGAAGAAAGGAAGGUGGAAUGAGGGCAGUGAUGAGGCAGGAGGGAAGCAAUGAAAGCAAGGUACUUGAAAAUUCAGGGCUUUUUCUCACCAUACGAAUGACAGAACCUGUUACCCAAUUAUCAAUGGCUAUUAAAGGCUUUCAUUAAGCAAAGAAGAUUUAGUAUUGGAGGAAAGAAAGAAACAAAUGUGACUUGGUCGUUUUAUUAACAUUUGGGGAUCAAGCUGGUAUUGAUCAUAUAUAUGUAUACCUUAGAGGCUUUAAAACCACAUUUCUAUGCAAUUGAUUAAACCCAGUUUUCCUAUUUUCAAAAUGGGUAGGUAGGCUAUUCUAGUAACUUUACAGAAUUGACCAGUGUCUUGGUGUCAUGAGGUGUUUUGGUGGGCAGGAAGAAUAAAUUGGCAUGUUUAUCUUACUCUGGCCCUUGCCAAUAGCCACAGUAGAGAAAUCAGUAUGGUCUUGUUUCUGGGAAUAAACUUGGUACUGCAAUCAGCUUCAGUGCAGAGGCCAACAGAAUUAUGAUCCUUGGGUCUCAUUUUGAACUCAAUCUUAGUUAAGUUGCUCCUAUCUAUUAUAUAGGAGGGUUCCUGAGAAAGCAGUUGGUAAUCUUUUAAGCAGAACACUAGUAGUUUAGAAAUAUGGUUACAGGGACACUGCAUAAUAUGUGCAUUAAAGUUGUUUAAGAUAAUUGGGGAAUACUGAAGAAAAUCCAAGGAUUUAUUGAAGAACACCACCUCACACCUGAGCCAGUUAUCCCAAUUGAUGCACCUUGUGACUAAUUUACAAUAGACAAGGUACAUGAGACCAAAUUUUACCCAUGUAUUUCAAUGUCAGGUGAUGCCAUUAGGCUGAUAAAGCAUGACAUUUGUGUAUUCUGUCAAAACUCCCAAAUGAAGUUUUGGGAGAGAAAGGGCAUUUUUAAUUUUACAUUUAUUUUUACAACUGGGUUUCUGAAAUGCAGCGUGGGUUUAUUGUGCACCAUUAUUUUGCCCCACUGCUUUAUUUAAAAAUGCCAAUUCCAUCCUGUGACUUCAUGAAAAAGUAAAACAACUAACAUCUUUUAAUCAGUAGAAUUUAAAUGUUCACAGGGAUUUUCCAUUUAUUGAACUAGACAUCAGAAUUAGUAGUAAACAAGUAUAUUUUAAAAAUUGCUGAUUUUGUCAUUGAUCAGAAAAUAAUCUGUUGCCCAAUUCACACUGUACCCAAAAAGACUAAUUUGAUGUGACGGUUAGGCUACCUAGCUUAGUUUAAGAUACCCACAGGUGGCAUUGUCUAGAUUUGGGUUAUAUAAUCAAACAACGUCUUCAAGAAUAGGACUGAGAAGAAAUGGGGUGGUGGUCGGGCAAGGUAUCCAAUACCUCAACUUCACAGAUUAAACUUAUUUUUAAUAGUAGCAUAUUUUGCUCAAUGAUCUUAAUUUGCUGGAGUUUUUAUUCACUCUAUUGUCUGAUUUUAAAGUUAUUUACAAACAGGCUAGAAUUAUUUUACAGUGAUGCAAUGUGACAAAGCAAGUUGCUUAAGAUGGCAAUGCUCACAUUUCUCAGUCUUCAACAAAUGUUUGGACCCACUUUGUUCUGCAUAGCAACUCUUGUCUGCACAUUAUUAAAUUUCCAGAUAAAAUAACAAUUGGUCAAUUAUUUGAGCUAAAAUAGAAAUAGUCAAUCAACUUCCCUGCAGUAUCUGUAGUAAAAGCAACAAAUCUUCACAUUUCAGGCCCUUCAACCUGAAACAUUAUUUCUCUUUGUACAGAUGCUACCUAACCUAGUAAGUGUUUCCAGCAUCAGCAACUCUUUUCAUUAUCUUGAGUUUAUUUUUUUUAAUUUCCAGGACAAUGAUUUUUUUGUGAUAAAUCCUAAUUAACCAUUUCAGUUAUUGUUCCAGUAUUCAUUUAUAAUGAAAGUGUUACUUUAAAGUACAAUCACGGAAUGAAGAGAGCAAAAAUAACUAGGAUUCAAAUGUGCAUUUUUUAUUAUUCAUGAGCUAGUGCAGAGGUAUCAAGUACAGUCAACUUGCAAAAUAAAUUACAUGUAAAUUAUAAUCUUAAAUGACAGUUUGAUUUUUAGGGAGUACGGGAAUGGAUUUGCAGUUAUUCUCCAUACUGUAUUGCUCUAGAAGCAUUUCCAUUUCUUGAAAUGCUGCGGAUUUUGGGAAGGUACUCCCAUUCAGCUUUUUGGUGGUUUGCUUGACACAGCAUCAAUGAAUGGCUGCCAAUUACAUUUCCAAAUCAGGAUAGAACUUGCAGUUGGUGACAUUCAUUUGUCCCAGCUGCCCUUUCCUUUUUUUUAAAGGAUUGUUAAACUUGGGAUACUGUUAGAAUGUCCUGGUUUUAGAGGAAUGGACACCAUAAACACAAGCCAUGGGAGUGUAGAGGAAUACAUGUUGGCGAAAUGUGUAUUGGAGUACAAUUAGUCAAGCUGUUGCUUGAAUAGUAACAUGUAGCCAUAUUUAGCAACAUAAGAGUAUAGUAGCUAAUGGAUUGGUUGUAUCAAAAUCCAAUGCUUAUGUCAGUACAUGGUGGGCUAUCUGGCUUUAUCAUUGUGGUUAUGUGUACAAUUCAGGAAUGUUUGUAGAUCUGGAGUCUUACUGACCAUGCCAAAUAAGGUUGACAGAUUACCACGCAGUAGAAAUUGUUAAGCAGAUGGUUUUUUUUUU